AUUUAUCUUUAUUUUUGUAAUAGAAAUAUCAAUUUGAUAAGCAUGUACUUUGCACCAAUAGAAAGAGGGAAAAUUAGGCUCGUAUUUGACCAUGAAAAAAACGUUAAAUAUAUUUUUAAAUGAACAAAGCUAUAGUGAAAUUUAUUAUUGUGAUUGCAUUUAUUUGGAAAAUUACCAGCUUCUCACCGUAACCUCGGCACUGCCCAAACAGGUUCUACAACCCUGCUGAAGAAAUGAAAGUUAAAAACAGACGUGUGAUGUUUACAGUUGAUCGUGAGAAUUAUUUUCUCCAUUUUAAAAACCUGCUCAUCAAUCUGUUUUAUUUGCUGAUGUGAGACAACACAUGAACAUAAAGAGAAAGCAAAGACGUUUUGAGAAGUUGUCUAGAACCUGAACGUUUUGAUCAAAGCAAGUCUUCAGCUGUGGAGCAGAAAGACACUUCCUUAUUCAUAAGUCAAUGACAGAAGAUGACGUCGGAGCAGAAUCUGGAUACAAUGGAAGGUGAACAUAAAUGCUUAGAGGCAAGAGAAAAACAAGAUCCAGUCCAGAUGAGAAAUGCCCCGACUACAGUCAGUGUUGAUAUAAAUUCUGAAACAGGUGCGAGUGUAAAUGCUCCUCUAUUGACUGCGAACACCUUCACAGGACCAGUAACCAUUUAUGGCUCAAAUGCUGAAGGAAACGAUAAACAGGAAUCCUCAGAGAUGGCAGAGGAACACAGAGAAAAACAAGAGCUGCAAAACUUUUUGGAAACUCACAAAACAAACAUGAAGGAGAAAACAGAAUAUAUUUUUGAGGGCAACAAAGACAAGGAAGCACAACUCAAGGCUGUUUACACAGAUCUGUUCAUCACAGAGGGAGAUAUGAAAGAUGUCAAUCACGAACAUGAGAUUCUGAAGAUUGAUGAUGCUUUCAAGAGCAAUAAAACACAGGACAAGCCAAUCAAAUGCAAUGAUAUAUUUACUGGACUGAGAAAAACAGUGAGAAAAAAUGUUCUCACUAAGGGCAUCGCUGGCAUUGGAAAAACUGUCUCUGUGCACAAGUUCAUCCUGGACUGGGCAGAAGGAAAAGCCAAUCAAGAUAUACACUGUGUGUUCCUGCUUCCAUUCAGAGAGAUUAACUUAAUGACAAAUGAAGAUUUCAGUCUCCAUGAGCUUCUGCUGGAAUUUUAUCCUGAACUGAAGGACCUGGAGAAAUCAAAGCUAUAUAAGGGAUGUAGGCUAGCAUUUAUAUUUGAUGGACUUGAUGAGAGUCGCCUGUCUCUAAAUUUUAAAAGUAGAUCACUAAACACUGUUGAGAAAAAAGCAUCUGUGGAUGUGCUCUUUACAAGUCUGGUCAAAGGGACUCUGCUUCCAUCAGCUCUUGUCUGGGUCACAUCACGACCAGCAGCAGCCAAUCAGAUUCCUCCUCAGUAUGUGGUUUUGUUCACCGAGGUGCGAGGAUUCACUGACCAACAGAAGGAGGAGUACUUCAGAAAGAGAUUCACAGAUGAGAGUCUGUCCUCCAGAAUCAUCUCACACAUUAAGACGUCUCGUAGUCUCUACAUCAUGUGCCACAUUCCUGUGUUCUGCUGGAUCACAGCCACAGUACUUCAGGAUAUUCUCACUGAGAAUAAUGAAGAGAACAUCAGCACAACACUCACUGAAAUGUACAUUCACUUCCUGAGGAUACAGAUGAACAUGAAGAGUCAGAAAUAUGGCGAACAACAAGAAGGAGAAUGUUCAGAGCACUUACUUUUAAAUAGAGAGAUGAUUCUGAAGUUAGCCAAGCUAGCGUUUAAACAGCUGAAGCAGGAAAACAUUGUGUUCUAUGAGAAAGAUCUGAAAGCAUGUGGUAUUGAUGUGAGUAAAGAUGCUGAGUUCACAGGAAUGAUCGCUGAGAUCUUUAAGAGGGAAGUUGGACUUUAUAAGACAAAGGUCUUCUGCUUUGUGCAUCUGAGCGUUCAAGAGUUCCUCGCUGCAGUGCAUGUGUUCACCUGUUACCUGAAAAAAAACAAGCAAGAGUUUAAGUUUUUCUUUGCUGAUUCACAAACUAAAGUCAUACAAAAUCUUACAUUUCCUUUUAGAAAGGUCAAAUGGCAUGACUUAACAGAGAGAGCCAUUGAAAAAGCAAUGCAGAGUAAGAGAGGGCAUCUGGACCUGUUCCUGCGGUUUCUGAUGGGAAUUUCACUGGAAUCCAGUCAAAAUCUGCUCAAAGGCCUGAUCACACACACUGAAGACACCACAGAGAGCAUCAAAAAAGUAACUAAAUGUAUUAAACAAAAACAAAACACGUACUAUAUCUCAGAUGAAGCUCUAGUCAACUUAUUCUACUGCUUACUUGAACUCAAGGAUAAUUCAUUAUAUGAGGAAAUCCAGAGUUACCUCAGUUCAAAUGAACAUCCAGGAAGAGAUCUCUCAUCUUCAAUGUGCACAUUGUUGACCUACAUACUACUGAUGUCAGAGAAGGUGCUAGAUGAGUUCAACCCAAAGAGGUUCACAUCAGAACAAUCAGACUACAAGAGACUCAUUCCAGCUGUGAGAUGCUGUAGAAAAACUCUAUUUGAAAGUUGUGGUUUUGAUGAAACAUGCUGUGAAACUCUGUCUUCUGCUCUACAAUCAUCAAACCAUCUGACAGAGCUGGACUUGAGUAACAAUGAUCUGCAGGAUUCAGGAGUUAAGCUGCUUUCUGAUGGACUGAAGAGUUCACACUGUAGACUGAAGAUACUGAGGUUGUCUGGCUGCAUGGUGACAGAGGAAGGCUGUGGUUAUGUGUCUUCAGCUCUGACUUCAAACCCCUCACACCUGAGAGAGCUGGAUCUAAGCUACAAUCAUCCUGGAGAUUCAGGAGUGAAGCUGCUCUCUAAAAAACUGGAGGAUCCAAACUGCUCACUAAAUAAACUCAAUGUUGAGCAUGGAGGAGAAUCCAGGAUUACAGCAGGACCCAAGAAAUGGGUGUGUUUUUUCACACUGGAUCCAAACACAGCACACACUCUUCUCAUUCUGUCUGAGGAGAACAGAAAGGUGACACGUGUGGCUCAGUCUCAGUCGUAUCCUGAUCAUCCAGACAGAUUUGAUCUGUGUCCUCAGGUGUUGUGUAGAGAGAGUGUGUGUGGACGCUGUUACUGGGAGACCGAGUGGAGUGGACUUGUGUUUAUAUCAGUGUCAUAUAAGAACAUCAGCAGGAAGGGAUGGGGUGAAGAGUGUAUGUUUGGAUCUAAUGAUCAGUCCUGGAGUUUGGUCUGCUCUCCUCACAGUUACUCCUUCAGACACAAUAAGAUAAUGACUGAUCUCUCUGUGGAGCCCAUCAUCAUCAGAAGAAGAAGAACAGGAGAGUAUGAAGAUAUCUACAGAGUAGGAGUGUAUGUGGAUGAGAGCGCAGGAACUCUGUCCUUCUUCAGCGUCUCUGACUCAAUGAGACUCAUCCACACAGUCCAGACCACAUUCACUCAGACACUCUGUCCUGGGUUUAGAGUUUAUUCUGGAUCAUCAGUGAAACUGUGUUGAUGAAUCAGAAGAGACUGAUGAGAUUCUACCCAGAAUGCUUUGAGCUGCAUGAUGAAUCAGUAACAGUGAGAUGUUAUGAGUCUCUUCAAGACAUUAAUACUGCA